CAGCUCUCUUUCAGUAAACCGCUAACAUUCCUGAUUCUUCCUCCACUGCCUUGUCCUUGCACACCACAACUCCUCCCUCUGGAUUCUACACUGCCCAGUAGAGGCUGAGCUCACAGAAGCAGGGGUGGCCUUUUUAUGGGGGAAGAGUCGUACAAUGCCACUUUAUGACGAACGCUUAAGAAUGCCUAGGAAAGGUGCUACUGAAUGAGAGACCAGGAUCAUUCGGGCAACACUAGAGUAAUCUAUUGAUGAUCUGACAACACAGGAGCAGGAAGAUAAAUUAAACAGACGUCCACAAAUAUGUCAAUGAAUAAUUCUCCAAACGUAUUUUUGGAUCCAAGUCUAACUAGGUUUCAGGUCAAUGUCAUCAAUGAAAGCCAUGACAAUACAAUACAAUCUCAGGGAGAUCCCAACCCUCAACGUUACGAAGAAACAUCUUUUGCUGAUGAGGGCAAUAACAGACUCCGAGUGAGCUACAGGCCUGGAAAUCGAGAGCUGUAUGACAAUUUCUUUCAAAAUGGAGAUGCUGCUAAAACAGAUGGCAGCUUUCACCCCUAUGACACCCACAGUAACACUUAUUAUCUGAAAACAUUUGGUCAUAAUACCAUGGAUGUCGUGCCUAAAAUUGAUUAUUACCAAAACACUGGCAGCAUCCGUGGGGCCAAAUUUAACAGACCGAGCUUGAUGGACAUUCAUGAACAAUUGGCAAAGAACAUUGCAGUGACUUCGGGUUCAGUUGACAAAUUCACCAACUUGGAUGGCACUGCAGGAGAAGAAACUGAACAAGAAGAAACCAAAGGAGGCUUUGUGAAAUUUGGAUGGGUGAAGGGUGUCCUGGUGAGAUGCAUGCUGAAUAUCUGGGGUGUGAUGCUCUUCAUUCGACUUUCCUGGAUCGUAGGUCAAGCUGGAAUUGGUCUUGGAGUUAUCAUAAUCCUCCUUGCCACUAUGGUCACCUCCAUUACUGGCUUAUCAACUUCUGCAAUAGCAACUAAUGGUUUUGUCCGCGGAGGUCUUGGAAUCGUAGUUAUUUUCCUGAGUGUGGUAGUUACAGCUUUAACAUGUAUUUCCAUGUCUGCCAUAUGUACAAAUGGAGUGGUAAGAGGCGGUGGAGCUUAUUACCUCAUCUCCCGAAGUUUAGGACCUGAGUUUGGUGGCUCCAUUGGUCUGAUCUUUGCCUUUGCCAAUGCUGUGGCAGUAGCCAUGUAUGUUGUAGGAUUUGCAGAAACAGUUGUGGAGCUCCUCAAGAGCAGUAAUGCAAUAAUGGUGGAUGAAUCCAAUGACAUCAGGAUAAUAGGUGCCAUAACAGUAGUGGUUCUUUUGGGUAUUUCUGUGGCUGGUAUGGAAUGGGAAGCAAAGGCCCAAGUUAUUCUUUUAAUUAUCCUUCUUAUUGCUAUUGUAAAUUUCUUCAUUGGGACUGUCAUUCCAAGCAGCCAUGAAAAGAGAGCAAGAGGCUUUUUCAAUUAUCAAGCUUCAAUUUUUGCAGAAAACUUUGGGCCAGGCUUCAGAGGCGAGGAAGGAUUUUUCUCGGUGUUUGCGAUUUUCUUCCCAGCAGCCACUGGCAUUCUUGCUGGGGCCAAUAUCUCUGGAGACCUAGAGGAUCCACAAGGAGCUAUACCCAAAGGAACAAUGUUGGCUAUUUUGAUUACAACUGUUGCUUAUGUAGGUGUAGGAAUCUGUGUAGCUGCUUGCGUCGUACGCGAUGCUACUGGGAAUCUCAAUGAUACAGUUGUAGCCGGGAUGAAUUGCAACGGAUCAUCUGCUUGUGCCCUAGGCUAUGAUUUCUCCAGCUGUACAACCCAGCCAUGUGGUUAUGGGCUGAUGAAUAAUUUCCAGGUUAUGAGCAUGGUUUCUGGAUUCGGCCCCUUAAUCACUGCAGGAAUAUUUUCUGCUACUCUUUCAUCAGCGCUCGCUUCGCUUGUCAGUGCACCCAAGGUUUUCCAGGCUCUUUGCAAGGACAACAUCUACAAAGCACUCCAUUUUUUUGCCAAAGGAUAUGGGAAAAACAACGAGCCAAUCAGAGGAUAUGUCCUUACUUUUGUCAUAGCCAUGGCCUUUAUUUUAAUUGCUGAACUGAAUACCAUUGCUCCCAUCAUCUCCAACUUCUUCUUGGCUUCGUAUGCACUUAUCAAUUUCUCCUGUUUUCACGCAUCAUAUGCAAAAUCUCCAGGUUGGAGACCGGCUUUCAGGUAUUAUAACAUGUGGGUGUCCCUCUUUGGAGCCAUGCUGUGCUGUGGGGUCAUGUUUGUCAUCAACUGGUGGGCAGCCCUCAUCACUUACGCCAUCGAGCUCUUCCUCUAUAUAUAUGUGACAUACAAGAAGCCAGAGGUAAAUUGGGGGUCGUCUGCACAGGCACUCUACUAUGUUAACGCCAUUGAUACGGCCCUGGAAUUAACUGCAGUGGAUGAUCAUGUGAAAAACUUCAGGCCUCAGUGCAUAGUAUUAACUGGAGGACCCAUGACAAGACCAGCUUUGUUAGACAUCACACAUUCAUUCACAAAGAAUAAUGGACUCUGCAUCUGCUGUGAAGUAUACACGGGCCCACGCAAGCUGUGUGUUACAGAGAUGAACAGCAGCAUGGCAACGAAGCAGGCCUGGCUGACAAAGAACAAAAGGAAAGCCUUUUAUGCAGCGGUGGCAGCUGACAGCUUUAGAGAUGGAGUCAAAAGUCUCCUCCAAGCCUCCGGUCUGGGCAGGAUGAGGCCUAAUACUUUGGUACUUGGAUUUAAAAAGGACUGGAGAGAUGCCACAGCAGUAGAAGUUGAAAACUACAUGGGUAUCAUACAUGACGCAUUCGACUUUGAAUUUGGUGUGAUAAUCGCUCGAAUAAGCCAAGGGUUUGAUAUAUCGCAGGUCCUCCAGGUUCAAGAGGAACUGAAGAAGCUGGAGCAGGAGAGGCAAGCCCUUGAAGCUACCAUUAAAGGUAGUGAAUUUGAAGAAGGAAAGUAUGGCAUCCAUGGAUUCUUUAGACGAGCCACCAAACUCAACAUUACAAAGACUGCACCCAGAAAAGACUGCAGCAUUAACACGAUAUCUUCGAUGCAUGUGGGAGAAUUCAAUCAGCGGCUGCUUGAAGCUAGCACUCAGUUUAAAAAGAAGCAAGGAAAAGGCACCAUUGAUGUUUGGUGGCUGUUUGAUGAUGGAGGGCUAAUACUCCUAAUUCCUUAUAUUCUCACUCUCCGGGAAAAAUGGAAGGAUUGUAAACUAAGAAUUUUUACUGGUGGAAAAGUCACUCGACUUGAAGAGGAGAAGCUAAUGAUGGCUUCACUUUUAAGCAAAUUCAGAAUCAAAUUUGCUGACAUUAAUAUAAUUGGCGACAUCAACAUGAAACCCAACAAAGAGAGCUGGAAGUUCUUUGAAGAGAUGAUUGAACCAUACCGCCUUCAUGAAAGCUGCAAAGAUUUAACAACUGCUGAGAAAUUAAAGAGAGAAGCACCAUGGAAAAUCACCGAUGCAGAGCUGGAAGCAUUCAAAGAGAAGAGCUACCGCCAAGUUCGUUUGAAUGAACUCCUACAAGAACACUCUAGGGCUGCUAAUCUUGUUGUUCUGAGCCUACCCGUGGCAAGAAAAGGAAUUGUCUCUGAUUACCUCUAUAUGGCUUGGCUAGAAAUCCUCUCUAAGAACUUGCCUCCAAUUUUACUCAUCCGAGGCAACCACAAAAAUGUGUUAACAUUUUACUCUUAGCAAACACCAUCUGGAAUCUAACAUAUGCACUUUGUACACAGCAAUAACAGUAACAUAUUAAAGAAAUGCUAAAGAGAUAAGAGGACCUUGGAGCCUGACAUAUUAGAAUAUAUCCCCUAGGCUACUGAAAAAUCCCUUUGGAGUCACCACUUGGCAGAAAAAACCCAAAAUUCUAAAAUGUCUCAUUAUUGUGGUAAUAUUUAACCAUAAAUAAUAGUUACUGAGAAGACAAUAUUUUGGAGAGAAUUCUGGCUAUCCAACUGGCAAUAAUGGAUUAGUUUCCAACACUCCAAUCUGUGGUCCAGUCAAUUCAGUCACUGUUACACCAGGGUUUAUGUCAGCGUAAUUUAUUCAGGAUCUAAUCCUCCCCCAUCAGUCAAGUCAAAAGCAUAAUCAUAGCAUUACAAAGAUAACGUAGCAACAAUGCCUACUCUCACAGAAUAUCCUGCAAUUAUGCCACCACUCACCAAUCAUGUCUCCUGAAUGAAACCCCCCCUAUCAUGCAUGCAUGAAAGAUACCAGUCAAUACAUGGUGAUGUUAGGAAUGCCGAGAUGAUGUCAUGGAGCCCAUGCCUUUCCCACUCAAGCAGGCUAUCAGAGAGUCCAAAAGUGCCUCAUCCUAUAGGCCAAGAAUUUGAAGACUUGCAGAGAAUCCAUAGGCUACAGGCUUCCUAAGAAAACAUUUUGAACUCUGCUAUGGAACCACUAUGGAACCAUCUAUGCUCUGGAACCAUCACAGGCAACAUUAAUAACACUAUACCCAAAUUUACUGGUAUUUGUGAUGAGAACAGGCAUUUUGCAAGGGAGAGAGAUGUUGGUUCGAUUUCCAUUCUUUGGGGAUGCUUAAGAGAUUAUAUCUAAAAGUAGUCUUUGAGCCAGAUCCACAAAUUUUGGCCAUUGGAACCAUCUCAGGGGACAAAUGCUCACAGUGAUUUUUGGCAAUGCCUAGCCCCAUUAGAGAUGGAAAAUAGAUGAUAGCAUUGUUGCACUUACAGCCUCCUGUGUGUCAUCACUCCCUUUUGAUCCCUACCCUCGGAGGAUUAGGAUAAAAGGUCAUUUUUGCACAGAGGAAAGAGUUAAGGCAAAGGUAAGGUCCGGGUUAGGGUAACAAUGAACAAGCCUCUCCAUGGAGUAAUUUUUGGAGGACAUUCCUGCCAAUUUUCAUUUCCAUUCCUUUCACCAAUACAAUUUUAUAGUAGUGUUUGUGUUUUUAAAACUUUAUAAAGCUUUUAAAACACCUUUGCAAAUCUGGCUGCUGCAGGCCAAAUGCUCAGGACUAUAAAAGCCAUACAACCAAAGAAGCAGUUAAGAGAGACUCAUCAUAGGGUCUUUGUAGCCUCAUCUUGGGUCUUUGUCGUCUCCCUGGGGACCUAGCCUGCGAUAUCCUCUCCCUCUUACCCCCAUAAAUAGGACUUAGGGCUCUCAGCAAUAGAGUUCUGAUACGGCCCUACAUGGUGCUUUAGCUUAGUGAGACAGCACAGAAGUUACAUCUAAGAGGCCCCAGAGCCAAUUCCUGUCUAUGGAUCCCUGCAAUGAGGUCUAAUAAAUGCAUAGUGCAGCACUAGCCAAUCAAAGUGAUUGGGCACGGAUUAAUGGUCUCAUUCUGGCAAAUGAGUGCCUUAUUUAGGCCCCAGCAAUGCUCAGCCUUUCCAGCCACACGUCUCCCAUGUUCAUUGGCUUGCUUGCCAGCUUCCACUCAUUGCUGUCCCAGCAGACCAUAUUACUGACUGCCACCCGCUUCUGUCCCAUAGCAGUGCCACUGCUUGGUUUGAUUCAUCACACCAUCAGUAGCCAAGCGGGUGACAUUCAGCUAGUGAAGCCUGACUGGUGCUGUAGUGACAAGGCGAUGAACAAGGCAGGGUGUUGUAAUGGGAAACCUGCUGCCUUCCCUCCCAUUGUGAAGGAGGCAGACACCUGAGGUGAGAUAUAAGCAGCAGGGGACAGGGUCAACACUUGCUAAUUCAUCCUAAGAACUGAAAUGUCCACAGCUUUCAUUGAACACUAUCUCUUGUGGAAUGAGUUCAGACAGCAUCACAUAAAAAUUAGAUUGCUGACCUUUUCAUUCUUACAGGGUCCCUGUGUCUUUGAAAAGGACAGAAUAGGUGCAUCUUUCCUCAUCGCUGCAUCUUCCUGCUGGGUAUAGCUGCACCUGUUACAUUUCUUUUUCUGAAAGGAGGUCUCCAACAGUUCUAAUGGGUGCUUUUUUAUUUAGGGCAGCCAACUCCUGAGAGUGCAUGAUCCCCAGUACACAGGCUACUCCUUUGAUUCUUCCCUCCCAGGUUCCUUCAUUUUUUCUCCUUUGCUGCACAGAAGUUCAGCUGAUCUAGGCUUCCUCCCCCAGCACAAAUGGGCUUCCUCCAUGUUCAGCUGACUUAGGCUUCCCACCACCACCACCAUGCCCCAUGUAAAAUCAUUGUGCUUUGUGUUCCAUUUAUGCAAGGGCAUUUGGUUGCAAACAUGAUCCUGUCCAAUGGUUAAAAUUUAGAGAUAAGCUGUACAUUAAAAUGCAUUUUCUAAAUAAUGCAUAGAGAUGAAUUGCAAUCAUGUUAUUUACCACACCGACAAGUUUCAAAGCAAAAUUAAUGAAAUACUAAAUUAAGAUUUUCUAAAUUUCAAAGCACAAAUAAUGAAAUACUAAAUCAACAUAUUCUGCAAUUUCAAAUGAGCAUUAUGAUUUCUCUAGGUUUAUAAUCUUAGAAAAUGUAAUUGAACAUGUUUUGGUAAAUUGUCAUAGGGACUUGAAAUAAAUGAGGUAUUUUUAUAUGUUUUAAUCUUUCCUGAUUAGACUUGCAAACAGUGUCUUGAGAUUUUAACUUGAA